UCCAACUUUAGUGCUGAUUUUAUACUUUCACACUUGUUUAGAAACAGUGACUUGAUGGGAGUUCGGCUGGCUGGAUCCCAAGUUGGUAUUCAGGAGACUAAGACUAAUCCUUUGGUAUCUAUUUCAGAUGAGCCAGAAACUCUGUACAAGAGAUUGUCCCUUUUAGUGAAAGGCCAUGAUCCGGCGGUGCUGGACAGCUACGAGUACUUUGCGGUGCUUGCAGCCAAAGAACUUGGCAUCUCUAUUGAAAAAGUACACAGACCUCCAAAAAACAUAGAACGAUUCACGCUUCUAAAAUCCGUGCACAUUUUCAAGAAACACAGAGUUCAGUAUGAAAUGAGAACACACUAUGUCUGUUUAGAGUUAAAACACUUAACAGGCAGCACCGCCGCUGUGUAUUUGGAGUAUGUUCAACGAAACCUACCCGAAGGGGUUGCCAUGGAAGUAAAAAAGACUAGGAUAGAGGCAAUACCUGAGCACAUUCAGAAACCAGUUUGGGAUACGCUACCUCAAGUAGAAGAAACUGACAUCAAGUCAUGAACUCAGCAGGUACUUGGCUCCAUUAGUGCUGAAAUUACUUGCUUCUAUCAGUCUAAUUU